AUGGAUGCUCCACCCAAACCAGGCCGAACAGUUGCCUUUCCCUGCAUCGAAAACCCUUUUCGAGUAUCUCUCUACUGCAAUGGCAAUUAUCUGUGGUGUCUGAACCGUGGAGGAAAGGCUGGAACACGAAAACGUCGCGCGAUUGACCGAGAUGACUUUCAGUUGAUUGAAACUGACGGCGGCACCAGUGUCAUGAUUGUGAAUCACAAGUUUGGCUCGGUAUUGAGUGCUGUUAAAAAUAAAAGAGGAGUGACUCGAAUUCGUUUCAUUUCGCAAGAAGGAAUGCCUGAGGAAGAAAGCGGAGGGGAAAUGGACUCACAAGAAGGUUAUGGCGAUGACGAAAGUUUGGCCUGCUAUCAGCAAGAGAUCCCAGCCGCGUCGAGCACCGAGUCCCUGGAACCAACGGAGUCAAUGGAUGGGACGGAAGAUGAUAAUGACGAUGAUGACGACCUGACCAACGCUGACAUCUCCAUCGAAUGUCAGAAAUGGCAAUUCCUAGAGUCAUUGGAUGGAUACGUUUGUAUGCAGAAUGUUGGAACCGGCGAUCGCUUGGGUGUUGAUAAGAGAGGGAGGUGUACUCUAUUCUCAGAAGACGAUCCCGUAGGUGUACAUAAUCUGUGGAUCGUCGAACCAGUGACUGGAGAACUUUGCUUCUUGUCAAACGCGAAAACUGAUUCCAGGCUCAGAUGUGACAUGGUUGGCAAACUGGGAAUGUCCUCAAACUGGAAGGGGUGGGAAGUCUUUCGUUUUUUGGAGGCAGGAAAUGGAUACGUCAAAAUUUGCAGCUGGACUCACUCCUUGUGGAUUCUCAAAUGUCAUGCCAGCGGAAAAAUUCAGACCGGAAGGCACUCGGACUUUCACACGGAUCAAGAUUGGUGCUCGCUAUGGGCAGUGGAGAGUGCGCCCGAUGGCAAAGGUGUUGUCAUUCGAUCCAAGAGUUUUGAGCGAUUUUUGUGCGUUCGUAAGAAUGGAAAUGCGCUGGUAUUGGGAACGUAUCAUCCCUUUGAUGAUGUUGAUGAUGGAACCGAUAGUGACUGCUUCAGCAAGAGCGACGACGAUACCUGGUAUGGCGGUGACAUAAGCAUGUCACAAAGUGAAGAUUCUUGUGGUGUAAACAGCCCAUCGCAUCGAUCACAGGAGGCAUACAUCCAAGAAGCUCUAGACCGACGAAAUCGAACAGAACGAAGCAAUGAACAAAGUAAUCAACGGGGCAUUAGACGACGAUGGUUCCGACGACGAAAUAAUUCGGAGGAUCUAGAGAACGGCAACAAUGGAAAUGGAAAUGUGGGCACGCUAGCAGGCGAAUCAAUCUUUUGGAACCUAGAAGCAGCGCACCAGCAAGUCUAUUUUAUGUCCGCACAGCCGUCUGAAACACAAGGCAAUAUUACUAUUGGUCCUUUCCCGAGAGUUUCACGGAAUCAUCGAAGGACGGAUAAGUUCUGCGUGAUUCGAAGAACAAUGGGCGACAAUAAGGACACAAACGACAUGGUGGCUCAACUUCUUCAUAUUGAAACAGAGCAAUACAUUGCAUGUUGCGAAGAUGGGACAGUCAAACUAACCCUGAAAGAUGACGAGAGCACUGAAUGGAUGAUGACCAGCUCAGAUGCUCAUGGUCACAAUUCGUUUCAGUCGAAAUUGUUUGGCUAUUACCUGUCUUAUACGAAUAUCGAGGACCCAUUGACUGGUGAGACGAUUGAUGGUGAUUCCGAAAGUGUUGUGAGUAAAUUGGAAUCGCCAGCGAAAGGAUCGCCAAACAAGAGGUCGCCAAGUAAGCGUUCACCGAGUAGACUGGGUGGUCUCUUUCGGGGAAGAAGCAGAGAUGCGGGCGACGAGAUUGAUUCGGAAUUGGUCGGAUACAAAGAAUUGAGCAAAAAUGGAUACUGGGAUCUUGGACCAAGUGUUCCGCGUGCCCUGAACUCAAGGAAGGUAAGGAAGUUUGCAUUCGGAACUUCGCUCGUCCUUGGGUCCAGUUUGGCUCUUCCUUUUGCACUUGUGGGAGUGGGCGCAGUCUUGCACGUUGGCGGCCAUGCAAGUGUGGCAUAUCAUGUGGUUGUUGCCGGCCUCUCUUCCGCGGAUACUGUGACCUCAGUUGGCGCUGUUGGGGCAACAGCAUAUUUCGUAUUCCGAGCGCAAGGAGUCUCUUUGAGCGACAGAGCGAAUGAUCCAAAUGGCAAUGGAUCCGAGCAGGAUCGUUCACGAUUCCAGCGUCCUUUCUGCGAAUGGAGAAACUGGAUUCCAGCUCAGGACUCAUCCUAA